AUGGAAUUAAGCAAAUUGUAUCAGCGAAGCAAUGUUAAAAAACGCGGAGAGGUUUACCGAGCUAGGUUAGAUGAUGCCGAGGGACACGAGCAAAAAGGUGAUAAAGAAACGGGUCAUCGUCCAGUAGUAAUAGUUUCUAAUAAUCAACAAAACGCCCAAGGAAAAAUUUUUGUGGUAGUUCCUUUAACCAGCAAAAUAAAAAAACUUUAUCAGGCUUUUCAAGUUCCCAUUUUUUUCCGCAAUAAGCCUGGGCGAGCCAAAUGCGAACAAGUGCGAGUAAUUGAUGUAGGAAGGUUAGGAAAAUAUCGUGGGAAGUUAACGGAAAGGGAAAUGGUAGCGAUAAAUGAAAAAUUAGUUUUUGUAUUGGAUUUACUAGAAACUUUUUCUAACGAACAGAUUUUAGCCUUAUUAAAAAGGAGGUUAAAAAAAGGGGAAAUAAGUUGA